ACAACACACAAAAAUAUAUACAAAAUUAUACAAAUUGUUCAAAAUUAUCAGUUAACUAUGGCUUUUAAUUUUAGUGCAAAUCAGUUUGAUCAACGAUUUCGAGCUGCCGGUCUGAGCAAUUGGGAGUAUCCACGUUUCUCGCCACCCCGACCACGUUCACUAAAACUGAACGUCACUCCAGUGACGGAUAAGAACGGACACCUUCUGCCCACAGCACGUCGCGACGGCAAUUCAUUUGGAAAUUUCCGUGGAACCUAUGAGCUACCUUUGCGUAUUACGCGUAGUUUUUGCGCUCGCUACGAUGCCUGUUUGAGUGGUCGCUAUAAAUUCCGGGACUUUCCGCGUGAUCUAUGCUGUUGCCAGCUCGAGAAUCAGCGAGCUCAGGCCUGCGAUACUCGUUUGACCCUGGGCAUCAAGGGUGAUCCGUAUUGGGAUCGACCCAAAUGCCAGCCCAAGUGUGAGGGAGUGCAAAAGGUUUUGGAUCUACAUGAACGGAGUUUACGUUGCAAGCGUCCCCAGUGUAUUUUGCCGGAGGAAAAGUCCGAUAAGCCGGACAAGUCGGAUGUGUCAAUGCCAAAAUCGAAAGUGGAGAGCGGCAAAAAAGAAUUGAAAAAGAAGACACAUAAACGGAAUGUGACUGCCUUUCCCAAGACCCGUAAAUUGGUGUCCAGUGCCAAUGAUCUAAGUGGCGCGUCAUCUCUGAGCAAAGGUAAAGGUAAGCAUCAGGCCAACAGCAAGUCGAAGCCAACCUACAAGCAGCAGCAAGGAAAGCCUAAAAGUCCUACCAAGUUUCCGCUCAAGAAGGAAGCCAGUCGAGGUAGUGUCUCUGGAUCGCAUAAGAAUCGUAAACAGAAUAGCAAAACAUCACUAAAGGAUACGGAGAAGGCGAAGAAAAAAACUAGCGCCGCCCAGCAAAUACAACAGCCGAAGCAGCAGCCGGAGGAGGAGGAAAUUGUCCACGAGUGCAGUUAAUCCUUGCACCAAA